CUGGUUUGCGUCACGUGACCAGAGCUUUGCGGAAAAACGAAAAAUGGAAGGAUCGAGGUGCUCCAGUCGAGCGAGAUUAAUGGCAUUUCUUGCCAUUUUCGUCACCCUUUUCUCCACAGGGAGCUCUGUUGCUCAAGUGCCACUCCUAAUGUGGUCCAGCGACGGUCUACCACCACUGGCCUCACCUGCAGCUGGUCACAUCACGUCCAAAGACCAGCUGACUGCCUACCUUACCUCCGCCUUUGCCUCUGGCCCCCACACUGUGCUGCUGUUCCUGCAAGAUAAGUUGAGCAAAGAUGACUUCACGGUCUUUGGUGGAGUGUUUGGAAACAAGCAGGAUAGCGCCUUUCAAAAUCUUGAGGCUGCACUGCAGUCUUCUUCCUCGUCAGUGAUGCUCCCUGCUUUAGAGUGGUCGGAUUCCUCUGCCGUCCCAGCUCUGCUGCAGGAGAAGCUGGGUGUCUCACCUCUGCUUGUAGACGCAGACACUCUGUCACAUCUCAGCAUCAACACAUCUGCCAGCAAUCUACUGCUCAUCAAUCUUCCUUAUUGUACUGGCUUGGACAAGUCUUGCAAGAAAGUCCUACUUGCCAAUGAUGAAAUUAUUGGGAAAGUUCUGAGUAUCACGAAAGACAAAAAUGUCCUAUACACUGCAAUAUACACAGGACUCCAGCCAUCACGAGUGAUUUCAGAGACGUCUAUGUCUACCCAGCCUGCGGGGCGAUCCUUGCUCCAAGCCGUUGUGCCCGAUGUCAAACCGCCCAUCAUGUUUAAUGUAUCCAGUAACCCUUGCAUAAUGCUUUGGGCUCAGAAUCUCAACAUCAGCCUUUCAGAAGGUUCCAUGUGGAUCGACCUCGCUGCACUAGUGCCUUCCAUGACAGGAUCCAUGUGCAACAGCAGCAACUCACUGCUUGUCCUCCAUUAUGAAUCAGGCUACACACUAAGGUUUGCCAUGACUCGGCGGUUCUAUCCUGUGUCCGGACGUCACUGGUUCACCUUGGAUUCCGUGCAGCUGCAGGCAAACGGGCAAACGGCAUCUUACAUUGGGAGCCACAACAUCUACGCCCCUGCAGAGUAUUCCUUCCACUGCCAGUCCGUCACCAGCUUCCGAGAUACUCUGCUAGUGCCAAACAAAGACAACGCCGCUCCGUGGAGGCUCAAUUUUAUCGACUUCCAGAUUCAGGGCUUCGGUUUGGCCAAUGGAACAGAUUUCUCCUAUGCCAGUGACUGUGCUGGGUUCUUUACCCCAGGCAUUUGGAUGGGGCUGGUGACCGGACUGCUCCUGCUGUUAAUUUUCGUAUACGGUCUGCACAUGAUCAUGCAGCUAAACACCAUGGAUCGAUUUGACGAUCCCAAAGGUCCAUCGAUUUCAGUGCCUCAGUCGGAAUGAAGCGCUCCCGAACACAAACACUCCUCAGUGCCUCCUACGAAAGUCCUUCCUUGUCAUGUAGCUUUUGUGAGCUUGGGCCUUUAUUCUCAGAAAAUAUUUGGACCUUUCCUCCGAUAAUCUCUCCUGUAGUUUUCUCUCCUGAAUCGUCCCACUGCUGUCUUUUGGAUAUUGUUAUCUUGCCAGGCACAUUCCAUUUUCCUCUCUCCGUAUUUGCAAGUGCCAAAGUGGAUGCGCCCUUUUACAUUAGUUGUUGAGCUUGUGUGCUAAAAUAUGAUUUUGUGCCACUGUUGGCCAGGCACUGGCUAUUUUUCCUAAAAUAAUUAGCAAUAAUUUCUGGUAACAGAGAAUGUCUUCUGUGCCAACAUGAAUGUGAUUGCUGGAUGCUGUAGGACCGUCUCAGACCUCAGUUCUUACUCUUUUUGUUUUUUUUCCAACUCGACUGUAAUUUAAAGACUACUGGUUAUGAAAGAAGUGCCUGUAUGUAAAGAGUAGAUCGCUUUUUGUGACUGUUGGAAUUGCCUUACAAAAGUAUGCUAAUACUUAACCUUGGAUUAGUUAUGCUCUCAUUACUGAUCAAGUGCCACCACUUAUGUCCAAUGUUUUCUUGACAAAUAAUAUAUUUAUAUAAAAAGUUUACCCCUUGCUUCACAUUCAUCAAAACAUGUAAUAACAGUGCCUCAGUUCUGCUUUUAUCAUAUUAAUGUGCCAUGACAUGUACAUUGUCUCCAAUUGAAAAUAAAAAUAUCUAUAAAUUGUGA